CUUCGCGCCAGAACGGAUUUGAAGUCUUCCUGACCCCAAGUUGGAGAUGGCCUCCAUCAGGCCUCGAGGCCUUUAUAAUUGGGCCCGCGGCAUCUUGGAGACCAUAUUGGCUCAUCGCUUCAUCCUUUCUACACUCGUUCAUUUUUCUGCAUUGUCACUCUUUUUCUCUGCGACCGGUUCGCUUCCAAUUCUACGUUCUUUAAGAAUUCCUUCGUAUUGAUCAACAUGCGCUACUCCUCCGUCGCCGUCCCUCUGGCCUUUGCUGCCCGUGCCGCUGCCGUCACCAGUGAUGCCUGGGCCUUCGGAAACGGGUUCUACACCGGUCCCCCCACGAACGCGCACAUCACCAGGGCCACCUGGUCCUUGGUGCCUCCCGAUGUUCCCUCGAACGUCACUGUGAAGAACUCCGACGACGAGGUCUGGGUGUCGCUGUGGAUUGGCUUGUCCUCUACUGCGGGUGACUACGACGCCGAUCUCUACCAGCCCCUGCUGAACUGGUCUCCCGACAACGAGUCCCAGGGAUGCCCCGCCCCGGAUGACGAGUGGUGUGUCGCUGCGAGCACGUACACUCCUGAUGGUCAGAAUGGCCAGGCCUACGUGACUGUUCCCGCGGACACCCAGGUGGACUUUGAGGUCUACGUCGAAAACGACAAGGUGUACCAGGUCGUCACCAUGAACGGCAAAACCGUCUCCAAGGAGAGCGACGCCCUCGACAACCCCCUCCUCUACCUCUACUCCGGAGACGAGUGCUACACCGGCUCCGGUGACUGCGGUACUCUCCAAUCCUACAGCUGGAACAACAUCACCAUCCACCUCAGCGCUGCCGACGAGAACUUCGGUGACACUCUCUCCCUGUACAGCGGCUCUGCCUCUAACGGCCUCACCACCUCCGACAAGGGCAAAACCUGGCACACCGAUGCUAUCAAGAUCUCCAAGGACACCUUUGCCAAUGUUGAGGCUUAAACAGUGGGUUUUAUUUGAGAUAUUAUUGAAGUUGGUUGAGAUGUAUGUAAUUUGGGGAUUUGUGGCUGCUAGUCAGUUGCAAUUCAUUCUAUUCUUUGGGUUCUUCCUCAUGCUUGUU